AUGCUAGAAACCUACGACACGGACGCUCUGACGGAUGGCAAAUUGAAGACUGAAGGGACGACGCCGCCCGGGACGCGUCGGGACGCUGUUGCACCCGACCCCGCACUCCCCUCACAGCCUCCUUGCAACCCCCGCAACUACCCCUUCCUACCCGCUGUCUUCCAAGCGAGGUCGCGGUUGAUGCACGUACCCCGCGUCCCUCGCGAUCCCCGCAGCUCCUCGAGCUAUACCCGAGCCCUGGCAACCGCCCCCUUAUGUAUCAUGGCUCAGCACAAUGGGGCGCUACGCUCGCCUUAUGUACUUGGCACCCUAAUCCUAUCGACCCUAGAAUACCUCCACCUCCUACACGCAUGA